AUGGCCRUCAAUGAAACGAAACUUGACUGUUCUUGUAGUAACGAUCUCGUUAGAAUUGAUGGUUAUUCUCUCGAGCGAAAUGAUCGUAACACAAAUGGUGGUGGUGURGCGCUAUACAUACGUAAUGYCCUAASCUAUAUUGUUAGAAAUGACCUCGUAAUAGUUCCGAAUAUGGAAAUCAUAGUCAUUGAAAUACACAAGCCUAAAUCAAAGCCUUUUCUUGUUUCAACUUGGUAUAGGCCACCAGGUUCGUCUAUUGAUUUAUUGAAAGAUUUUGAAAUGUUUUUAAAGGCUGUGGAUUUUGAAGACAAGGAAUCAAUUCUAUUGGGUGACAUAAACUGUAAUCUAGCUGCUCACCCGAAAGAUUCUCUUGCCUCUCAAAUGAAGUUUAUUUAUGACACGUAUCAAUAUUCUCAAUUAAUUAAUGACUAUACACGUGUAACCAAUACUUCUAAGACUAUGAUAGACCAUUUAAUCACAAACAAACCCGAAGCAAUAUCUGCUUCGGGAGUUUUACCGGUGACGUUGAGCGAUCAUUAUCUGAUAUAUGGAAUAAGGAAAUUGACAUCCCUCAAAAGCGAACCUAGAUUUGUCAUAACUCGCUUUAUGAAGAAUUAUAGGCCUGAUUUAAUAGUCGAGGAUCUCAAARAUGUUCAUUGGACUCUAAUAGACAACKUAAAUGGUCCAAAUGAGAUGGUACAUUUCUGGGAGAACUCUUUUCUUGACAUCAUUAAUAAGCACUUGCCUAUUAGGAAAAGAAGAAUAAAGAACAGGCCCUGUCCGUGGCUAACACACGAUAUAAGAGGGUUAAUGCAUCGGAGGGACUAUCUUAAGAAACAGUAUAUUAAAUUAAAAACUGAUGCCAUUUGGUCUAGCUACAAAAUUGCUAGAAAUGAGGUCAAUGUUGCCAUUAGGAAAGCAAAGAAACGGUAUGUUACAAAUGAAAUAAGCAACAAUGAAGGUGAUAGCAGACGUACAUGGAAAGCGUUGAAUUUAUUACUCGGCCGGAAAUCAAAGAUAACUGGCAUUUCAGAGUUAAAAAUAGACCAGUCUAUUUAUACUGAUCCAGAUACGAUAAGUGAAGCUUUCGAUAAYCAUUUUUCAACAAUUGCGUCAAAAAUUGCUGAUGAUAUUAAACCAGCACAAGUGUCUCCUACAUCCUAUGUUACUAAAGCAACCUCACGUUUUGUUCUUGUAAAUGUUGAACCUUCUUAUAUCGUUAAACUUCUAUCAAAAUUAGCUGUUUCAAAAGCCACUGGCCUGGAUAAUAUUUCUGCUAGGCUAUUAAAGGAUACAGCUCAAAUUAUUGCUUAUCCCCUUUGUGCUAUUUUCAACRAAUGUUUAGAAACAGAGUUCUAUUAG